UCCUGGAAUCUCGGUAGCGGCAUUUUGGGUUUAGAGUUGAGUUGAGUUGAGGUGAGUUGAGGUGAGGUGAGUACGUUACACAAUAUUUGCAAGAUUUUUACAUUUAUUAAAUUAAAAAAAAAAAAAAAAAAACCUAAAAACAACAACAACAAAAAAAAACAACAAUUGGUGCGAUGACAAUGAAUAUAUAUAUCGUCAAAGGAAGCGUGGCUAAUGCACAUUUGGUAGUGGUGCACAUUUUUAUCUUGAAUGAAGCCGAGAAGGUCAUAGGUUUACCCCCUAAAAUAAAACCGAAAGAGGAAAAUCUGAAACCGUACAAAAUUUACUAUAAAUUAGGUUUGUCAACACAAAUGUAAAUUAUACUUAUUUUGUUGCAACGAAUGUAAGUUAGAAUUGCAUUAUAGAAGAAAUGAUGUGGAUAAUUAAUACAAGAUGAUACAUAUAUAAAUGAAUAUACCCUAAAUAUGUUAGUCGCAUUUUGUAAACUAUGUAUGAUUAACCUGUGUGUGUGUGUGUGUGAUGCAUAUAUGAUGUAAUGUUGUGCUAAACACAAAAGCCCAUUCUGUCCUAGGACAAGCAUUCAUAAGUGAUGACGUCUUGAUCAAUUAGACCAGACAUUAAAACAUGACAAAAUACUUUGAUCAGGGUAACGUGAACUUGUUUGGUUGGCUUCCAUCAUCAACCAGUUACAUUAGGAUAUGCUUUGGUGAUGGCCCUUUCUUGGAUCUUAAGCAUUGGAUACACACACGAAAGCUGUGUCUGUGUGGACAGGCACCAUUGCUCAGAACAGUUUCUCUUUAGCACACGUCUUUCGGUGAUGUGCUUCGUGCCGCACACGUUCGGUAUAAAUAUGAGGUACGAAAGUGUGCUGCCUGAGGUGUAUGUGAAGGUAUAGCUGAGCGUCAGCGGAAACACCCUCCUGCUACACCUCGCCUACACCGUCCAGCUCGGCUGUACCUGGGGAAACGCAGUGGAUACGAAGCAUUCAUCUUCGAUCAUGCCCAUUGUUUUUAAAUAUGAAACAUGAAACGUGAAAGGAGCAACAUGCCAGUAGGCACAUGUUAACAUACUGGAGGUCCUUCAAAAGAGAUGGUGCUUAAGGAGAUCCCCACGGAGAAUUUUACAAGACCCCUGGGUCGCAAUGAAGUUAUUGGUUUACUUUUUAGGUUAACGGUAUUUGGCGCUGUAACCUAUUUUACCAUCAAAUGGAUGGUAGAUGCUGUUGAUCCCACAAGGAAGCAAAAAAUGGAAGCACAGAAGCAGGCAGAAAAGCUUAUGAAACAAAUUGGUGUGAAGAAUGUUAAGCUCUCAGAAUAUGAGAUGAGCAUUGCAGCCCAUUUGGUAGACCCUCUGAAUAUGCAGAUCACUUGGAGUGACAUUGCUGGUCUGGAUGAUGUCAUUACUGAACUGAAAGAUACAGUUAUACUUCCCAUCCAGAAGAGGCAUUUGUUUGAAGGCUCAAGACUGCUGCAGCCCCCAAAAGGUGUACUCCUGUAUGGCCCCCCAGGCUGUGGUAAAACCCUGAUUGCUAAAGCUACAGCCAAAGAAGCAGGCUUUCGCUUCAUUAACCUGCAGCCCUCCACCCUGACUGACAAGUGGUACGGAGAAUCUCAGAAACUCGCCGCUGCUGUUUUCUCACUGGCGAUAAAACUGCAGCCUUCCAUCAUCUUCAUCGAUGAAAUUGAUUCUUUCUUGAGGAGCCGCUCUAGCUCUGACCAUGAAGCCACUGCUAUGAUGAAAGCGCAGUUCAUGAGUCUGUGGGAUGGCCUGGAUACAGAUUACAACUGCCAGGUUAUAGUUAUGGGAGCUACGAACCGUCCUCAGGAUUUGGAUUCUGCUAUUCUAAGGAGGAUGCCAACGAGGUUCCAUAUCAAUCAGCCUAACCACAGACAACGGGAGGAAAUUCUCAAACUCAUUUUAGAAAAUGAAAAUGUGGACACCCUUGUGGACCUACGUGAAGUUGCUAAGGAUACAGAUGGAUUCUCAGGAAGUGACCUGAGAGAGAUGUGCAGGGACUCUGCUCUGCUUUGUGUCAGAGACUACGUCCAUAACAACACCAAUGAAAGCAGUGUUGAAGAAGAUUUCGUCAGACCCAUCACACAAGGUGACCUCCGAAAGGCAAUAGAAAAGAUGAAGAAAUCGAAAACUGCAGGAGUUCAGGGUGUUCUGAUGCAUUCUGCCUUGGACUGAGUAGAACACCCAUCAAAAUAUUAUUCCCUGAUCAGCAACCAGUGUACAGUUAUUUAUUUUAUUUUAUUUAUUUUUUUUAAAGAUGCUAAUGAAAAUAGCUGAGUACAGGCUAAAUCAAUUUCUGCCCUGAGAAUGGGGUAUAUUCUUCCUGAAGAUUUAGCUGUAUAGAUUUCUGAGUAGUAAGUUUCAAUAAAAGAGAGAGUUCCAACAAUACUUAUAGGUAGAUAUUUAGGCCAACAUCGCACCAAAUUGUAAUGUGUUCUUAGUCAAAUAUCUUAACACUACUUUUACUGAAUUCACUGCAAACGCUUCAGUUAAUCAUGUAACUGAAACAAUGAAAGGAAGUGUCCUCGGUUUUAAAUACAAUGUUUGGGUAUAGUUCACUGUAUAUUUUGUUAAAUUAUGUUUGAGUAAAAUUAGUACAAAAUGUGGGGGUUUUGUUUUUUUGUAGCUUAAAAUUGUUUAGUGUGUGAGGGGAAAAAUACAUAUUAGCUAAAACUAUAGAAACUCAAGUCCAAGUUGGUAAACAUUUGGUUUAUUGCCUUGUGUAAUCACACUGAAGGCAGAAAACAAAACAUAUGCUAUAGCUUUCUCAGAAUUUAUGAUCAAGCAUUUAAAGUUAUGGAUGAAAAGUAAAUAUAAGCAGUGUUCUAGCCAUUAUAAAUAUGUUCAAGUAAGUGAGCAAUAUUACAUACGUCAAUACAACCUGGCCAAUUCCUAUACAGAACAUUAGUGUUUUUUAUUUGAUUUGCCUUGGUGUGAUACCAAAAACUUGUACUCGGUGAGUUUCACUAUGAGGAACUCCCAACAAUACUGUCGGCCAGAUAAGGAUGUUCGCUCAGUUGAGACUAGUUUGUGAAUUGUCACCGCUGGGGAUCGCAUAAGUUGACCAAGUUCAUGUGUUUUUAUGUCUUUGACCAGUCCAAAUGUUUGUCAUUGAAUGUAUUAAGUGUCUUGCCGUUUCUAAAUUUAGCACUAUUGGGUAUUUAAUAGUUAUGGAUGAUUCAGUGAGCAUUAAUACGCAAUUGUUCUUGAAUGUUGCUCUUCGGUUUAGAAAAAAGAGGCAGUUGUAGGUUCUAAAUAUGGUUAAACUUAGCCAUCUUUAAAAAUAGUCUUUGCAGCAUACAGUACCAAUGAACUAAACUGCUAAAAAAAAAAAAAAAGCAGCAGCACUCAAUUUGCACUAGAGUGUAAAGGUGUUUUACAUAUAUUCUUGCAGGAUUGGUAGUGUAUUACUUACUGUAUAGUUCCUGGGUGCUUUUGAAUGAAGUGCAGUGUGAUCAGUUAUAUACUGUAUUAUAAGAAUUAAUUACUGCUGGAAAAUAAGUAUUGUUUGUGUUUUCUAAUUUGCUUUUUCUUUGUGGUAUUACUGAAUGUAGAGCAGUGUAACUGGUGUAAAACUUGCAUCAGCCUAAUAAUUCAUCGCAUCAUAUUGUCUCUUGUUUCAACACGAAAUGUAUUUACAUUUUUCAGGGGUACAUUGGGGGAGGAGAAUGUAUAUAAAAUGUAAAAAAAAAAAAUAAAGAACUGUCAAUUUCAUUGCACAUUUAAACAGAUUUUAAUGGAUAGCGAUAUGUAAAAAAAAAAAAAAAAGUUCAUUUUUUAUUUUCAGUCUGUAUUAUACUGCUGUGAUAGUAAUAAAACACAAAUUAAACCCC